UUCACGUGGUUGCGCCCCGGAAGUGGCGAGUGGAGCGAGCACUAUGCCCCAAAACAAGAGAAGAAGAGCGGAGGAGAUGGACUCGUUGAUCCGGGACACGGAAGCGAUGAGAGAGCAACGCCUGGGUUCGUGGCCCAGCUUGCGGUGUGGCAAGAGCAUGGCGUUCCGCAACGAGCGGCGGCAUCUCGUCAUGCUAUCCGUGCUUGCCGGUGUGGUGUUCUUCGGGUGCGGGUUGCUUGGAGGAACGACGUCGUCGAGAUACAUCGCGCCGUCAUCCCCGAGCAGGGGUUCAUUCAGCGCCUCGUCAACGCCGGUGGAGCAAUCGGGGUUGGACGGGGGAGCGAUGGCAGCUGGGGAGCAGCAGCAAGCCAAGUUGGCGGCGGAGGUGGAUAGUAGCGGAGAAACGACGACGACGGAGCUCAAAGUGCGGAUGUUCAACACGUACACCCUGCAAAACCCGAUUACCCUGUACCCUUGGGAGCACAUGGCGGAGCCUUACAAGCCCUCCACGAUGGAGCUGUUGGGCUGGCCCGUGUCGGGAGAACACCUAGAAUACAGGUGA